AAAAAAUUUAGUGUACAAACUGACUUUUUGGGUAAAGAGGAGGGAUCAAAUUAUAUAUAUUGCAGAGUGUGAGCUUGUGUUACUGCCAGCAAAUAGUAAUGGAAGACAUAUUCCCUCUCUUCUUCUCUACUGCUUUGCUUCUGAUUUGUGUCUUUCUUAUUUUUCUAUAUUAUGGUGUGUGGUGGAAGCAUGAACGCUGUCGUAUAAAGCUAAGGAAGCAAGGGAUCACAGGUCCUCCACCUUCUGUGAUAUUCGGAAAUAUUCCAGAAAUGAAGAGAAUGGAGUCUCAAAUUUCUGAUACUCCAAAAAUAGAUGGUUGUUUAACAGUCUUACCAUAUUUCCAGCACUGGACCAACAACUAUGGAAAGCUAUUCAGGUUUGCACUUGGUGGCAUACAGUUGCUAUACGUGAGUAAUGUAGAGAUGGUGAAGGAAAUAAGUCGAUUCAGAUCAUUGGAGCUUGGGAAACCAGCUUACUUACAAAAUGAAAGAGGAGCUUUACUGGGCAAAGGCCUUAUUACAGCAAAUGGUGCAGCAUGGUCUCAUCAGAGAAAGACCAUCACACCACAGCUCUGCACGGAGAAGAUCAAGGAUAUGGUGAAGCUGAUGGUGGAAUCUGGGAACGUGCUAGUUGAAACGUGGGAGAAGAUAAUUGAAAGCGAGGGUGACGAUAAUGGGAUUGUUGAGAUCAUGGUGGAUCAACACAUGAGAAACUUUACCUCUUACAUAGCUUCAAAAAUGAUAUUUGGGAAUGAUCAUCAUAAAGGAUUUAAAAUAUUUCCCAAGUGUCAAGCUCUCAUUGAAGCCACCGGUGGUGCUACAACCCUUGGAAUUCCCUUCUCAAGAUUUAUCCCCAACAAAGCAAAUAGAACAGCAUGGAAACUAUCCAGAUGAUAAUGGACAUAGCUAAGGAGCGAAUUGAAUCUACAUCUAAGGACAUGUUACAAGUGAUCCUAGAAGCUGCACAGUAUGGUGAUGAGUUUUGGCCAUUAACAAAAGAUGAGUUCAUAGCUGACAACUGCAAGGAUGUCUUCAUUGGAGGCUAUGAACCCCCUGCUCUUGCAGCAAUUUGGGGUUUAAUGCUUUUAGCUUCACAUCCUGAAUGGCAAGCUCGUGCUCGUUCUGAGGUUCUAGAGGUUUGUAAGGGCCAACAGCACCUAGACUACGAUAUGCUUAGCAAGAUGAAAGUGUUAAAAAUGGUGACCCAAGAGAUUCUGCGGCUUUGUCCAGGAGUAGUGUUGGCGUCGAGGCAGGCCGUACAAGAUUUGAAGAUUGGAGAUAUGCAAGUUCCAAAAGGUGUAUGCAUUUGGGUAUCUCUAUUAGCAUUACAUCGUGACCCUAAGUUUUGGGGACCUAAUGCAGACGUGUUUAAUCCUGAGAGGUUCGUUCAUGGAGUUGCAGGAGCUUGCAAGUCUCCACUUGCAAAUCUACCUUUUGGUCUGGGAGCUCGAGUGUGUCCCGGACAGAAUAUGGCUAUUAUGGAAUUGAAGGUGUUGUUUGCUCUUAUUCUUUCUAAUUUUAACCUUACCAUUUCUCCUAAUUAUUGUCACUCUCCACAAUUUGGUCUACUUCUGGCACCUGAGCAUGGCGUCAAACUUCUCAUUCAAAGGAUAUAAUUGAAUUGCUUGUACCUGAUUCACAAUAGAGGUAAACUAUAAAUAUG